AUGAACGACCUACGGCCCUCAACGCCCUUAUCGCAUAUACUUCCUCCGCUCGUGCUGGGCGGGGCUGGCUUCAGUCAUCAAGUGUACCGGAAUCCAAACGCCACGCAGGUUCUCAAAGUUCUCAAACGAGCCUUUGAACUGGGACUUUGCGCUAUUGAUACAUCGGCAUAUUACCAUCCUUCAGAAAUUUUACUGGGAGAGGCCUUGUCGCAUCCUGAGAUUGAGGCUCAGUACCCUCGCGACAAGUACCUCUUGAUGACCAAAGUUGGCCGAAUAACCGCCACGAAAUUUGACUACUCCCCGGCAUGGGUCCGAAGAUCAGUUUUGCGUUCACUGCAACGACUUCGCACAAAGUAUCUAGACGUCGUGUUUUGUCAUGAUAUCGAAUUUGUCCCGGAACAAGAGGUGAUGGAGGCGAUCGGUACAUUGUUGGAGAUGGCACGCGAGGGCCUCAUCAAAUAUAUCGGUGUUUCCGGCUAUCGAAUCGAUUUACUUGUCAGGGUUGCAAGGCGGGUUCAAAACGAGUUCGGCAGGCCCCUGGACAUCGUUCAGAAUUGGGCUCAAAUGACACUGCAAAACGACCGACUCGCACGGGAAGGACUGGCUGCCUUUCAAAAAGCCGGAGUCUCCUGCGUCUGCAAUGCCAGUCCACUGGCUAUUGGUCUGCUGCGAGCCAAUGAAGUCCCUGUUGGCGACUUGGGAGAUUUCCAUCCGGCACCGCUUGGACUCAGAAUCGCAGUUAAGAAAGCCGCCGACUAUCUGCAUCAAGUCGGAGAGUCCAUGGCGGAACUGGCUCUUCGUCAUUCUAUACGCCGUGGUCAAUCAUUUUCAAGUCCUGAUUUCCGCAUCACCACCAUCAUGGGCAUCACUUCUGUGGCCGAAGUGGAUGAGAAUCUUCGCGCGGCUCAACAGGUACUUCAGGUAUCGAGCGGGCCGCGCUGGCUAUGGAACCAUGAAUCGACAGGACCUGGAGAUCGCGAGAUACGUCGGGCCAAAGACGAUCAGCUGUUGUGUCGUGAAGUGCAUCGUAUAUUGGGAGAGUGGCUGGAUUAUUGCUUCCCCAGCCCUGGCGAUGACUGGGAUGUGGCCACGAAGAAACCUAUUCUUGCGAAUUUGUGA